AUGCAGGUCACGAGUCUUAGCUCGCAAAGCUGCCUGUCACGCCAAGCAUUUCAAUGUCCAAGGGGUGUGGCUCGGCGACCUGUAAAUGUUGUCUGCCACGCCGGCGGCAGCCCGGAGCCAACACGUAGGCAGAUAGUUGGUGGUGUUGUCAGUUUGGGACUCACAAUCGCGACCGCACCCGCGAUGGCGGAGGCAUUUUUGUCGUCGACGGGCGCCCGCGGCCUUCUCGCAGAGGAGGAGGAGAAGCUUUACAAGCUCCGCAUUGAAAAGGAAACUGUGGCCCGGGAGCAGCUCUUGGCCGAGCGACAGAAGCUGGAGGAGGAAGUGAAGCAAACUCAGGCCGGCAAGCUGUGCGCCACCCCCUUCGGAGUGGACGUGGUGGGCAUCACGGAGCUCGUCGCCCUUAUCGGCGCGCUAGUGGGCGGUAUUACGGCCCGGCGUCGGAAAGAGGAGGUCGAGCGGCUCAACGAGCAGCUUCGCUCCAUUAACCUCAGCCUGCGCCAGCAGGCCAGGGCUGGCACCGUGUAUGCGCCUGGUCUCAGCUACGCGCCCCCGGCUACUCGCAGCGGCCUUGUCACCAUCCCCUCGCCCCCUCCCCCUGCCAGCCCGGCGCCGGCAGCUGCGGCGAGCGUGGCGGCCGUGACCGUCGCUGUGGCGGCGCCGCCAGCCGCGCCGACGCCAGCGCCAGUCGCCGCGCCGGCCGUGCCGUCGACGUCCGCCAGCCCCUCCUCCUCUGCCGCCGUCAACACGCUGUUCAGCAUGGAGGAGGAGGAGCUCAGCAGCGACCAGAUCCAGUGCAAGGAGGCACUGCGGGCAGGCAAGCGGCUGCUCAAGGAGAAGAACGGCGCGGCAGCCAUGGUCCGCUUCGAGAAGGCUCUCAUGCUGUCCAAAGCCCUAGCGGAUAAGGUCCAAGAGCGGCGCGCGCAGCGGGGCCUUGCGGCGUCCUGCCGCCUGACGCACCAGUACCGCCAGGCCAUCAAGCACUUGGAGCGCGUAUUGGAGAUUUCCCGAGAAAUCGGGGAGUACACUGGUGACGCCGACGCGUACGGCACCAUGGCGGACUGCUACACGGAUAUGGGCGAGUUCGAGAAGGCGGCGGUGUACUAUGACAAGUACAUUGAGCGCAUGAACCGGGACGGGCCCAUCUAA